AAGUACUUUUGUGACUCUGGUCUCGUAGAAGAUCCCUCUCCCCCUUCCCACUCUCUGUUCUAAACCAUCUUUUGAUCAACUUUGUAGAGAGAGAAUCGAAAGCUCUAGAGAGAGAGUGUGCGUGUGCCUGUGAAUCCAGAAGAAACAGGUGCUUGUCCACCAUGUCUCUGGGCUAUGCAGAGAAGCUCUCUUUCAUUGAAGAUGUGGGCAACGUUGGAAUGACAGAGUUAUUCGACCCAUCUCAUGUUUUGCAAGAGAAAAUUGAACGACUUGCGAAGAUUAUACAGAAGAGUAAGCAUCUAGUGGUGUUUACAGGUGCAGGAAUAUCAACUUCAUGUGGUAUACCUGAUUUCCGAGGUCCCAAGGGAAUUUGGACGUUGCAGCGUGAGGGGAAGCCUUUACCUGAAGCUUCAUUACCGUUUCAUCUUGCAAUGCCAGGCAUGACUCACAUGGCUUUGGUUGAAUUAGAGAAAGCUGGCAUUAUAAAGUUUGUCAUUAGUCAGAAUGUUGAUGGUCUUCAUCUUCGGUCUGGAAUACCAAGGGAGAAGCUUGCUGAACUGCAUGGGAACUCUUUUUUGGAAAUUUGCCCCUCAUGCGAUGUCGAGUAUUUGCGGGACUUUGAGGUUGAAACUAUUGGCUUAAAAGAGACCUCGCGGCGUUGCUUUGACACAAAAUGUGGAGCAAAACUAAAGGAUACAGUUCUUGACUGGGAGGAUGCGUUGCCAUCAAAGGAGAUGAAUCCAGCUGAAAAGCACUGCAAGAUGGCUGAUGUUGUAUUAUGUUUGGGGACAAGUUUGCAGAUAACUCCUGCAUGCAACCUUCCACUGAAGUGCCUUCAUGGCGGCGGGAAGAUUGUAAUUGUGAAUCUUCAGAAAACCCCAAAGGACAAGAGGGCUAGUUUGGUGAUCCAUGGCUUCGUGGAUAAGGUCAUUGCAGGAGUCAUAGAUUUGCUUAAUUUGCGGAUUCCUCCAUAUGUCAGGAUUGACCUUUUUCAGAUCAUCAUAACUCAGUCCUUGAGCGCGGAUGAAAGACAUGUGAACUGGACCCUCCGCGUAGCAAGUAUACAUGGGCUCAAAGCUCAAUUGCCAUUCAUCAAAUCUGUUGAGGUUUCCUUCUCGGAUACACAAAAGUAUAAACCAGCCAGUCUGCUUGAGCAGCCAUUUUUGCUGAAAAGGAGGACUUCGCCAAAUGAAGAGUUUGAAAUUGUGUUGCAACUAAACUUCAGUGAUGGUUGUGGCUGCUUGCACACCCUAGUUAAUAUCCCAUUUGAUUUUAAGGUUUCAACAGGCUCUUAUAGCCUCGACAAGGAUGCUAUAUUUAAAGAGCUGAGAAACGCUGCGAUUCAGAAUCGAUGUUGUGGACAGAAUGAACUUAUUGAAAGAAAAGCCAUUCCAGACUCAAACACUCAGGUCAUGGACUAUGCCGCUGUAACCAACCUCAAAACAUUCGAUUCCGAUUCUAUUAGUAAUGCUGAUGUGAAGAAGCAAACUGAUACUUUGAAUGGCACCAAAAUUUCUCGGAAGCGGUCGGAAGGGCGUAAACGGAAGUCGAGAUAUUAGAAGUGACUGGAUUUUUGUAGUUCCAGUUCCUGUAUAGAUAGAAACAUAGAGACUGAGUGGAUUUUGGGUAGAUGCUUACACUCAGUCUGUCUCCCCAACUAUGGAUAGCAAAAUCUGAUUAGACUUGGCUUGGCAACACGGGCUGUAACCUUGUUGUUGCAAGUCCAUAGACUAGACGAGGGUCACAUAUGUGUUCCACAGUGAGGUUUUUCAGAAGCUUUUUGUAUUAACAUUGCAAAAGUAGUUAAUUGCUUAUAAUUUGAUGGAGUUAUGGGUUUGGGAAUGAAA